GUUAGAUACAGAAUCAUGUCGACCCAGGACGAAGAGACAUGGGAUGAUGAUGAGAACACCAUCAAGUUCCUGGUUGCCUCCGAUGUUCACCUGGGCUAUGCUGAGAAGGAUGCUAAGAGGGGCCACGAUUCCUUGGUCGCCUUUGAAGAAGUCUUACAGAUAGCCAAGAAGGAGGAGGUGGACUUCCUGCUGCUAGGUGGCGACCUGUUCCACGAGAACAAGCCGUCGCGUAAGAUCCUGCACGGCUGCAUGUGUCUCCUCAGGCAGUACUGUAUGGGAGACCGGCCGUGCCAGCUGGAGUUCCUCAGCGACCAGUCUGUCAACUUUGGCCAUAGCAAGUUUCCGUUUGUGAACUAUGAGGACCCAAACCUGAACGUCUCCCUCCCUGUCUUCUCCAUCCACGGUAACCAUGACGACCCAGCUGGGUCCGGGAACCUGUGUGCGUUGGACAUCCUAAGUGCCGCUGGGCUGGUCAACCAUUUUGGUCAGCACCCCAGUCUAGACCAGAUCGAGAUGACUCCCAUGCUGCUGCAGAAGGGGAGGACGAAACUGGCGCUGUACGGGCUGGGGUCCGUCCGCGACGAGCGUCUGCACCGGAUGUUCGUCAGGAAGUCCGUCACGAUGCUGCGACCGCGGGAAAACCAGGACGAGUGGGUCAACAUCCUGACCUUUCACCAGAACAGAGUGAAGCAUGGUGAGAAGAACUACAUCCCUGAACAGUUCCUGGACAGUUUUCUGGACCUGGUGGUGUGGGGGCACGAGCACGAUGCCCGUGGUCUGGAGAGGAACGACGUCCAGGACUUUAUCGUGCUCCAGCCGGGAAGCACUGUCGCCACAUCACUGGCCGAGGGCGAGACGUUACCCAAAAAAGCGUUCCUGGUGCGAGUGAAGCCCUCCAGGAAGAUGAAGUUUGAAGCGAUCCCGCUACAGACGGUGCGCCAGUUCUACCUGAAGGACAUUGUGCUCGCCGACACGACCCUUGACCCCAACGACCCUGACGCAGCAGACAAGAUAGCAGCAUUCUGCCAGGAAAAGGUGGAAGAAUUGCUGUGUAGAGCAGAAGAAGAGCACACAGGGAACAAAAGACAACCUAAAGAACCACUCAUCAGACUAAAGAUUGAGUACAGCGGAGGGUUCCCGAUGUUCAACACGAACAGAUUUGGUCAGAUGUUCACCGACAGAGUCGCCAACCCCCGCGAAAUCAUCCACUUCUACAGGAAGAAGGUUUAUGAGAAGAAAAGUGGUACGAAAGAGAAGUGGGAAGAUGAGGACAUGUCUACACUGCUUCCACGGGAGGCUCUGGACAUGUCACGGGUGGAGGAUCUGGUCAAACAGUUCUUCGCAGAGGCUGAACAGAAUGCACGCAUGUCCCUGUUGACAGAGAAGGGGAUGGGGGAGGCCAUGAAGGAGUUUGUGGACAAAGAGGAGAAGGACUCCAUCCAGGAGCUGGUGAGAUGGCAGGUGGAGAAGAUGCAGAAACACCUGCGGGACAGGAAGGCAGGAGAGGACAAGAUUGAGGAGGAGAUCCACCAGUUCCGUCAGGCGUACCAGCAGCACGCAGAAGAGGAGGAUGAAGACAUCCAGCGCGCUCUGGAGCGGUCUCGUUCCAAACGUCCAGCCGACGACAAUCGCUCAGACAUCAUGGAGGAUGACGACAGCAACCUUAGCGACGAGGAUCGCCCUGCGCCGACCCGUGGGCGUGGCAGGGGGCGUGGCAGAGGGCGGGGCAGGGGAGCGACCGCUACGACCAGGGGAGCGACCACUGCGUCUCGGGGGAGGGGUAGCAGAGGGGGCCGAGGAGGGAGAGGGAAGAAAAGUCUGGUCGCCAGUGGUUCUAUUGUUGAAGCAAUGCAAAACAGUUCAUCUAGAUCUUCCCAGAGAUCCUCAGCUAAGCCUAGUAGACCUUCAUAUAUGGAGAUGUCAGAUAGUGAGGAAGAAGACAGCGAUGGAGGAUUUAAUGCUCCCUUAUCUUCAAAAAGCAAAGGGAAUUCCAAGCCCAGAGGUGGUGCCUUGCAGAGGAGGGGAAGAGGGAUUGCCUAUGAUUCUGAGGACUCAGAGGAGGACUACUUUACCAUGCCAAGUGCAAAGAAGUCACGUCGCUAAUUUACUGAACAACUUAAGCUGAUAACCUUGCAGUGUAGAAGUGAUGUUAGUUACGGGUAAAGAGAUCUGUCUGUGAUCUUCAAGUAGCUCAAAUGGCACAUAAGAAUUAAAAGAAUAACAGUUUGUUAUUGGUAUGGAAAGGAGUUACAAGGAAAUACUUGUAAACGACUGAUUUUAUAUGUGAACACUUAACCUUUAUACGAAUCAUUUGUAUGUAACCAUACAUGUUCCUUCUCAUUGGAAACAGACAUGCUUCUGUUUGUAUUAACUAUGCUACAAAAUGUCAUUAACAAGGUUAGAUUUCAUUAUAUUGAUCUC